AUGUCGCAAAUGCAGAAGAGACUUCAAAAAGAGCUUAUGUCCCUUAAAAAGGACCCACCUGCGGGUGUCAUAGUCGACGAUAUGAACAUAGAACCAGACUUGUCCAGCUGGAUUAUUGAAAUUGUUUGUCCGAAAGGCACUCUUUAUGAGGAAGAACGUUUUAAGCUGUCAUUUAAGUUCAAUGAAAAUUACCCUUUUGAUUCCCCCGAAGUCACAUUUACUGGCUCAAACAUUCCGAUUCACGAGCACGUGUACAGCAAUGGACACAUUUGUCUUUCAAUCCUCACCGAAGACUGGUCUCCCGCUUUGUCCGUCCAGUCUGUGUGCCUUAGCAUUCUUUCAAUGUUAGCUAGUUGCAAAGAAAAAAAGCGACCACCUGACAACGCGUUUUACGUGCGAACCUGCUCUAAAAAUCCCAAGAAGACCAAGUGGUUCUACCAUGAUGAUAAUGUUUGA